UGAAGGUCGACUGUACUCUACAUAACGUAAAAGAAGAAAAUUACGUUUAGCAUAUAUUCGUCACAAAUUUUUGCAUUAGUAUGGAUUAUUUCAUUUCACGUUGUAUAUGUAUAUUUUAUUUUAUGUUUAUCUUUUUGGUAGGUUUAUCUUUUUUUUUCGACAGAAACCACAGAAACAGAAUUUUGCGAUUUGUCAAAUAAAAUUGCAAAUGUUUUGAGUUUUGACAACUGUUUACCAAAAGAAAAUACAAACUUGAUAAACAAUGUUUUUAUGUGGAAUAAAUGAAGCAGGCAGGUUUUUCAGAACGUUUUUGAAAUGCACAAAAUAAUUAUCUGAAAGCUGUAUUUGAUCUUGGGGUCAGGAGACGAAUGUUUAACAAAAAUGGCUCUAUAUGAUAAUAAAUACUGGCUUCUCACACAUAUCAGGCAUUCAUUCAUAUCUUCUGAUGAUACAGGUAUGUGUGAGAUAGUUAUGUCAGGUGAAGAUAUUAGCCACCUGAAGAGCCAGUUGGAGAAAUACCCCGAUCUAGAUUUAAGUGAUGACAGUGAUGGUCUUUCUAUUGAAUCUGGUGAUUUAAGUUUCGGAAUGGAUUUUGGAAUGAGAGCCAGAACUAACACUGCAGCAAGAAUUGAAAAGAUCGAGCAAGCCAAGAAAAAGGCUGCUAAAGUUAGACUUAUAAAAUGGGACCCAAAAAAAUUGAAUGUCGAUGAUAAAACAGUCAUAGACAAUAUGUUUGAGAAAGUUGACCCAGAAAAAAAUGUACAAAUUGUGAAAAAAUCUCUCCUUUCUCAAAGACUGCAAGAAUGUGUGAAUUUGCCUAAAAAUCCUUAUCUGACAUACGCUAAAUUUGAUGGCAAUGGACAUGUAAAUAUUCCUACAAGAAGAUAUAAAAUUUUCCUCACAAUGCUGGAAAAUGAAAAUAAAAAUGUGCCUCUGGAUGUUUCUUGUGUUGCGACAGCUAAAGUAAUAGAAUUAAUUGGACUCAUCUUGUUCACUUUGAGUAAUAGAAACUCGACUGUUACGUUACACCCACCCACACAUUAUGGUUUGUACAUAACCGAGGAGGAUGGUGAAGUAUAUAGGGAUCUUCCGCCAUUAGAAGCCAAAGAAUGCGUUGCUAAGUUUGGAUUCACCUGUUUGGGCUUAGUGGAGCAUAAAGAUGCAGUGGUUAGUUUCGAUGAAAGUGUGAAAGAAAAUCAGGAGAAUGGAAAAACAGGGAGUGAAGGCCAAAGAAAACCCGAUAAAGAACCCGAUGAAAUUAAACAAAUCACCAGUGAUCUUGAGGUGAUGGCUGUGCACAAGAAGGCAAUGGAAGCUCCUCUUUAUCAGUCAUAUCAAGUCAAUAUAAUAACGAAAAUGAGACCAAAAGUGGAAGUUCAUUUGGGAGUGAGCGGGGAUAAAAUCGAAAUAGAUCCUAUACAACCACAGAAUUCUAAAUUUUCGCUCACCAAACUGAAACCUGUCAGUUGUCACAUUGAUUCAGUCGCUUGGUGCGAGGUCACUGAAACUAGGAGUUCUCGGACACAAUUUAGGCUUUUUUACAGCAAUAGCUAUGGUACUGGAAAAAUUUCAGGGGAAAAGGCUGGUUCACACUCGUCCCCACUUCAAACGUCUGCAAGUUUCAAACAUUUCGACUUCGAAGCUGAUCACACAACGGCGGAAGAAAUUGUUGAGAAAAUAAACUUGAUUCUGGAUCUGAGAUCCAGUCAGAGUCGUAAAGAAUAUGUUGCUGCCAGAGAAAGGAAACAGUAUAAACGCAAAGGCUUUAAUAUUCAUAAGUGAUAGUUAUAUUUUUUGUAUUAAGUUAAACUAUAUUUCUAUUUAAUAUAUUGUUACAUUUUGGAAA